AUGCCAUUGAUAAAUGAUAUUCUGCCCAAAGUUUCCUUGUGGAAGUCCUCUCCAUCUCAACUCACCGAGAUGCCACUGGUUGCCGCCGUUCUAUCAAAAGCGUUCAUGUAUAAAUCUUCUCUGCCCACGUUUCUGUUCACCGAGGGUUUCUUGUGGAUGGCACUUAAGGCGACCAUCUCAGCUCUGAUCUUAAAACUUAUAAUUACCUGCGUAUAUCGAAUAUUCUUUCAUCCAUUCGCCAAGUAUCCAGGUCCAUGGACAGCUAAAGUAUCGGACUUCUAUGCUGCCUAUCAUAAUGGAAAAGGGCAAUUUCACAUACAAACCAAGAUUGGCCAUAGAAAAUAUGGACCAGUAUUCCGUCAAGGGCCAAAUAAGCUUGUUUUCAACAGUCCGCAGGCACUGCAUGAUAUAUACUCUUCAAAGGAGGUUCUGAAAAGUUUUGCAUAUGAGACCUUUGUUCCAGGGCCAGGACAGUACAACAUCUUCACAGUCAUUGAUAGUACCGCCCAUCGACACAAGAGCAAGAUGCUCAGUAAAGCGUUCUCCGAUCGAACUAUGAAGGAAUUUGAGCCUACCAUGCUUUAUCACAUCGAUCUCUUUGUGAAAAAUCUCAUGUCAUGUUGUGACGAAAGAGGAAGUACUUGGUCAAUUCCGAUCAACAUGACAAAACGUUCUGGAUAUCUUCAAUAUGACGUGAUGGGUAAAUUUGGAUUUGGAUCAUCAUUUGACAUGCAAACGAAGUCUGACAACCACUUUCUUAUGGACGCAGUCGAAGCUAUUUGUCUUAGAGGUGGCAUUUAUUCGCAAUAUCCCAAGUUGGCUCGCUUGCCAAUUGACAAAUUCAUGGCCUUUUCGAAAAUUGCAGAAAUGCGCACUAAGUACUCGAACCUAGUCACACGCCUGGUCAAGGCUAGAGUUGCUGCCCCAAAGAAUUUUCAACCAGAUAUUUUCAAAUUUCUGGUCGAUGCUACGAAUGCUGAGACGGGGAAGGGCUUUACAGAAGCGGAACUAUGGGCUGACAGCAGAUUCUUGUUGAUAGCUGGAGCCGAUACUUCGAAGACCUUACGACAAGAUCGAACAACCCCACAGAGUGGGAUUGUGAGUGGCACAGUGUAG